AAUAUGACCGGACCCAUGGGGAAGACUUGGGGUGAAAAUGUCUAUGGAGUUUAAAUGCAUGUCUUGUUGCUAUCCUCUCUUUUUCCCUGAUAUGUGCUCUGCUCUCUCCUUCAGAAAUAAUAUAUCCUUUUUCUCUGCAAUAAUCAUACACUGCUCAUAAUUUCACUCUAUUGAAGACUCAAAGUAUUGGCAGAUGACAUUCAGGGUCAUUGAGGAUCGGAUCAGAAAUUAAAGAUACAAAACAGGCGAAAGAGAAGACGAAUCAGAUUGCAAGACUUAGAGCUGACUUCGUUUGAAGAUCGAUGGCAACAUUUAUGUUGGCUUUGCUAGCAUGUCUAGCAGUAUUGUGCACCACUGUUCUCGGCGCCAGAAUUGUCAAUAUCACAAUACUAGAAAGCGCAACUGACCAAGGCGCAGUGUGCCUCGAUGGGAGCCCGCCCGCUUAUUAUCUUGACAGGGGAUUUGAUACCGGAAUUUCCAACUGGAUUAUCUUCCUUCAAGGCGGUGGGUGGUGUGACAGUAUCCCCGAUUGCCAAGGACGUGCAACUAUGGACACAGGUUCUUCCAAGCAUAUGACGAAACAAACUCAAUUUGCCGGGAUACUUCAUAACACUCCCCAAGAAAAUCCAGUAUUGGAAUUGGUAGAUUUUUACAACUGGAACAGGGUGUGGGUGAAUUAUUGUGAUGGAUCAUCUUUUACUGGCGAUGUCGAACAAGUUGAUCCAGAGAACAACCUUUUCUUCAGAGGAGCAAGAAUAUUUAAAGCUGUUCUGGAAGAUUUACGGAGCAAAGGAAUGCAAUAUGCUAAAAAUGCAAUCUUGAGUGGAACUUCCGCCGGAGGAUUGGCUACAAUUUUGAACUGCGACAAGUUCAAAUCCCUCCUUCCAAAUGAUGCCAUAGUAAAGUGCGUAGCAAACGCAGGCUUCUUCAUCAACGUCAAGACAAUCUCUGGUACUUCUAAUAUUCAAACGACGUAUCAUAGAGUUGUUACUUUACAUGGAUCGGCUAAGAAUUUGCCUCCAUCUUGCACGUCUACAAUGGAACCAAGUCUGUGCUUUUUCCCUCAACAUGUUGUUCCAUACGUUGAGACUCCACUUUUUAUAAUCAAUUCCGCAUAUGACGCUUGGCAGAUUAGCAACACUUUGGUUCCUGCAAACCUCGAUCCUCGACAUGUUUGGGAACAUUGCAAGGCUCAAAUAAGUAGCUGCACGUUUAGUCAGCGUAUAGUUAUUCAAGGGCAUUCUGGAUUAAGCUCAAAAAGUGUUUCAGCUACAUAUUCUUCACAAGAAUAACAAUCAGGAUCAGGGGAUGAAUAAUUUUAGUCAGCCAGUACAUAAAUAAUUCAGAGUACCAACUGCAGUUGUUUGCUAUUGUUCUGUUGUAUAUAGAAGGCUCGAAAGCUCGGGCCUGGAUGCCACCAAAGUUUGUCACAGCUUACUGUGACUUUGUUGUAUAUUGUGUUCAGUUUUUGUUAGAUUCCAAAGGGAGAGAGUUCUAAAACUCAAUUGAUUUGGGAUUGAGGCGUAGUUGAUUGAGUGAUCAAAGGUAGAGUAUCAAAUAAUAUUUGCAUUUUAACUUGUAAAUAGCCUUUAACCUUAUGGUAGCGGCAGCAUUUCAGUUCCAAGUGAACAGUUAGACAUAGACUUCUGGAUAACAGUUCUAGAGGAUGUUCACUUAAUUGAGUUCUUGAAUAAUCUGAAUUGUCAACAACAAUUGGCUUGAUAAUAAUAUACUGGAAUCAUUGUCUCGUAAAAAAAGAUUGUUUCAUUUGUC